AUGAAGCCGGACACGAUCACUUACCCCAUCGAGGACCCGGUAUGGAACAGCAAGCCCGCGUGGGUGUUGCCUGGCUGGGCGGAGCCCUUGAUGGUUGCGUCCAUCCUGUUCGGCGCCAUGUACAUGACGAGACGAAAAGGCUUCUCGAUCCGCCGCAAACCGAAGGCGUACAAGUCGAUACUGGAUGACGAGCCGGGCUCCGAGCGCUCGAGCAACGAGUUGCUGCGGUAUGAUUCUGAGAACGAGGACGACGCCCAGGACCCCGUCGCUGCGGCCAAGCAUCUGCCCAAGCAGCGAAAGUGCUGCUGCGGCAUCGUCGUGCAGACGCCGAACACGUCGCGCUUCAAGAACAACGUCCACAGUCGCAUCCUGCAGAAGUUCCCAUUCUUGAUCGAGAUGUUCUACUGGAUCAUCAACUACGCCUUCUACCGCAUGACCGCCAUCACUUCGCAGCGCAUCUUCGCAAAGUCCGGCAUCUGGAAUGUGGCGCAGGAGCAUGGCAUCAAUGUGCUCAAGUUCGAGCACCUGAGCGGCUUCAGCUGGCUUUUCCCCGUCCAGGAGCGUCAGGUACAGCAGUGGUUCAUGCACGGCCACCAGGACGCCUUGACCGCGCUGAACAAGGCGUAUGCGUUGAUCCAUAUUCCAGGAACCGUCGGGUUCAUUUGCUGGUAUUACUACAUCGCGCCGUCGCAUCCCACCUUUGCUACUGCCCGCCGCACCAUGACCCUGACCAACUUCAUGGCGUUCAUGACCUUCAUCUUCUACCCGUGCAUGCCGCCGCGUCUCCUGCCGAAGGAGUACGGUUUCCUGGACACGGUCCGCCAUGACGACGCUCAGAGCGUGUGGAUGAGCGGCAAGUACGUGAACUCGCUCGCAGCCAUGCCGUCGAUGCACUUUGGCUACGCCUUCUGCAUCGGCAUGACGCUCAUCUACCACUCGGGCAUUUUCCGCCGCACGCUAGAGCGCGGUGAGAUGAGGAAGUCGGCAUUCUGGAAGCUCUUCUACCUCUUCGUCGGCAUCGCCUACCCCACAUUCAUCCUGACCGUUAUCGUGGCCACUGCCAACCACUACCUCCUGGAUGCGGGCCUCGCCACCUGCUACGUUUUCAUCGCGUUUGCCUGCAACAAGGUCUUCUUCGUCUUCCUGCCGCUCGAGGAUUGGCUCCUGUGGGUGUUGAGGGCCGAGAAGCCGAUCCCCUCCACCGGCGAGAGGUUCAGGGAGCGGGGCGGCAGGCUGUAA